GGACAUUACGCAGAAUAUUUUACGUAGUUUAAUGUAUCAUGCUGCUUGGAUCACAUCCUUUACGAACGCAGCGUGAGUUUCACAAAUUGACAGCCAAUUUUAUAAAGUGCAUCUAAUGGAUUGUGUAGAGUCUUUGUCUCGAAAGAUGGAAGAGGAGUUUGAAGAGACGGAGGAGUCAGAGAAGCCCACGAGCGAGGAGUAUGCUGUCGCCAAGUGGCUCAAAGCCAAUGUGCCCACCAAGAAGACCAAGUUCCUCAACCACCACGUGGAGUAUUUCACCGGCACAAAAGCAGUGGAUGCUCUGCUGACGUCAAAAUGGGCGACGGGUAAGAACCGCAUCUUCAAGACGCGGCUGGAGGUCACAGACUUCCUGCAUCAGAUGCUGCUGCACAAACUCUUCCACAGGGCCAAGAAGGUUCCAGUGAGCGAACAGGAGUUGAAGGGCAAGUCGAAGAAGAAGGAUUUGGAGAAGACUAGUAAGAGUGGAGACGAGAAGGACGGUGACAAGGCUGGCAGCGCCUGUGAGGGGAAGGACACAAAAGAAGGCAAGGAAGGCAAAGACGGCAAGGAAGGCAAAGAAGGCAAGGAGUCAGAGAAGAAGAAGCGCAAGAUCCGGCUGGAGAUGCACAUGGACCAGAUAUUCCUGGACACCAAUGACGCAUACGUGUGGAUAUACGACCCUAUGCCGUGGUACUACUGGGUGUGCGGUGCGCUCGUCGUGUUCGGCACCAUCACUGUGUGCAUGUUCCCGCUGUGGCCUGCCACUGUCAGAAAAGGCGUGUACUACCUGAGCAUCGCGGCGGCCGCGUUCCUGGUGAUGAUAAUUGCGCUGACGGUCCUGCGCGUGGUGAUAUUCUGCGUGGUGUGGCUCGUGACGCUGUCCCGGCACCACCUGUGGCUGCUGCCCAACCUCACCGAGGACGUCGGCUUCUUCGCCUCGUUCUGGCCGCUCUACAAAUACGAAUACCGCGGACCCGGCUCGGAGAGCGAUAAAGCGUCGAAAAACAAGAAGAAGCGCAAAAAAGACAAGCAUUCGGACGACGAAGGUGACGAGAAAACGCCGCUAGUGGCUAGCAAGGCGGAGGACGCACCCGCCGCCGGGAUCGGCGCCGACCUCGCCGACAGGGAGGAGCCACAAGACGACCCCCCAACCCCACCAGAGAAACACUCAGAGUCAGAAUCGGAGAACAGUCAGCGCUCCUCCACGGACCGGGACUUCGAGAUAGUCGAACCCGGAGACGUGGAAGACGAGGAACCCCGGGAGCCACUCGAACCCCUCCAGGUCGAACCCCGGGAACCCCCCGCAUCCCGAAACUAAACGGUCGCUGGGUCGGGUGUCGUGUAUUGCCUGUUAACUUAGUCUAUGUUAGUUAUUCGGGUUCUUGCGUGUGACGAGGAUUUUUAAGUUAAAAUUUAUUAGUGAGAUUUGAGUUUGGGACGUUUUGAUGUCCUUUGAGACGAAACUUUACGAUUUUGAAUUUUCUUUAUGGAGCACAAGAAAAUUUUACGUCAAUAUUUAUCGAAACAAACAAGCUGUUAAUAUAAUAUUCGAUUGAUCAGUGACUAAAACCCGUAUUCUAAGAUGUUAUAACUUCCGGCAAACUUCUUGAGCAUCGCGUGUCGAAGUGGGGGAAAGUUCGCGCACGUACACUUCCGUGCAAAAAAAAUGAACUUUUGAUUAUUUUCUUAACUCAUUAAAAAAACAAUUAUUAUAUUAUUUAAUUAUGUAAAUAAAACUAAACGUAUAUUAUUAUAGUUUAUUAAAACUUAUAUUUAAUAAAAAACUAAUCGUCAGGUAAGUAUAAUAUUCCUUCCAUGGGGUUGAUGAGCUGGUGCUAGGUUUUGGAUCUGUAGACAUAGACCUCGUGCUAGUAACUAAUUCUUAAACUUAAACUAAUGAGCAAUAACAAAAACGUGACAGUUUCACUGCACGCAAGUGUAUUCGGGAUUCAAAGGGACGAAGACAAGAGUGCGCGAGGGAAGUAUCGACUGAUCUACCAAUAGCCGGUCGAUGCGGGACUCACCCGCCCCCGCGCCCCGUACCGUACCACCAAAGAGAUCUAAAAUUCGGUUGUGCGCAGUCAAGGUCGAUGCUCAAGAAGUUUGCCGGGACCUAUAACUCGAUCGUACCUCGACUCCCUCCCUCAGUUGAGGUGACCUUAAGAAAGACACGAACUCACCUCAAAAUCGAUAUUCUUAGACGUACCUUAAACCUUAUCUCGAGUUUAUUCCAUUGAGGUUGAGUGGAGACAAACCGUCAUUAUUUUCAUAUUAUUUUGAUGUAGGUACGAUUCUAAACAGCGGGUAGUUUUGAGUUAACAUACAUAACAUAACAACCUAUAUACGUCCCAUUGCUGGUCACUGGCCUCCCCUCAAUCAACCGGAGGGGGUAUGGAGCAUACUCCAUCACGCUGCUCCGAUGCGGGUCGUUGGAGGUGUUUUAACGGCUUAACUUGCCCUCCGAAGGAAUCAUCUUACUUUUUUCAAGCCUGAAAAGUCAAAACAAAGGACAGUCUCACAAAGUCAUUUCGACAAUGUCCCCAUCGCGAAUCGAACCCGGACCUCCAGAUCGUGAGACUAACGCUCUAACCACUAGACCACGGAGACUGUUGAGUUUGAGUUAAUAUCUUAGAAUACGGGUGUUAGUUAGGUCUGUUUUUAAUCUUCGAGAAACCGACUUUAAAACACGCAAAGAAUCGAAAUGAAAAUGUAAAUAAGCGACUAUAACACCGACUUUUAGUACUUUAGCUACUUAAAUUCAUGUUUAUAGUCUAUAUCAAUGCUUACAUAUUCCUUUUCAGCUAUCCGAUGUACUUGUUAUAUUAUUAUAUUUGUAAUAGACUGUUUUCUCAGAGAUAAAUAACUAUAUAAACUUAAUAAAAUGUUCAUUCGUGCAAUACUAUGAAACUGAAACUUAAUUUCGAAAGACAUUAUCGAUUAGUGAAUGAACGAUUGAUCGAAAAAUCAAGGUCGGUUAGUGAACCUUCAAGUUAUUUCGAAAAAUAUCGUUCGAAAUUAAGUUCCUUAUUCCAAUACUGUACGUAUAUGUACAUUCAUGAGCAAUAUAAUGUACCCACUUUAGGACUCUGUCGCACUAGCAUAUUUGACAUUUAGUGAGACUUACAGUUCAAUUUGUCAAAUCAGUUAAUGUGACAUGGUACCAAAGUGUAUACAUAUGCUCGUGACCGUACUUCAAUAGAUAUUUCGCAUUUCUAGUCGUACUGUUGAAUUUCCCAUUGACGUAUAAAAGAUAAUAAAUAAAAGUUGGCCAUUUUAGAGUAUUUCUGUGUAAGUUAACAAGCAAUAUGUGAAGGGAACACGGGCAGUGUUUGAAGGGAAAUCAUGCAAGGGAUAUGUACGUGUGAUUCGUCUUACACUUUAGUUUGAUUUGCAAUUGUGACGUUGAAGGGCCUUGGGUGUCGCAAAAGAGUGAGACAGCAAGCUACGAGAGACAGAGACAGAUAUAGGCUUGCAACUUACGCCUUUACGUUAGGCCGUUGAACUUCAUCUGGCAGGACCGCAUCGUACUUUCCUAUGCUUCUAUGCACUAUCUCGCUCUGGCAAAUGACGAUUCUGAGUGUCAGAAAAGGAUAGAAGUAUAGAUAAGUGCAAUGCGGUGCGGGUACAUGUAUUUCAACCAAUACACGUUUCUUUCAUAAGGUUUCUUGCUCGAAAAGGACGCAAAGGCGAUGCAUUUAAUUAUGAUUAUACCAAAACGAUGUUAUAUUUAUUUUGUAGAUAUGUAAAAAACAUGACGUACAAGAAAGAUCUUGAUGUAAAGUGUCACAGCCUCGCAGUUACCGUGUAGGUUCUAGAAAAUUCUAGAAAGUAACAGAACUCGUCGUCUCUUCAAUAAAUUCACGUAUCUAAAUCAUACAGUUUUUCAUUCUCACUGGCCAUUGGAAACGCCGUUUCGAUGACUCGAAAUAUUAUUGCAUAUUUUAUUUUGAGUUUAAACUCAAAUGAGUGAUAAGCUACAAAUCGUAACUAAUUAUUCUCAUUCAGUAUAAUAUGUAUUCUGAGAUUUUGUAUAUUAUUUUUUUAUUUUUCUUUUUUAUAUAAUAAUGUUUGUAUCUGGUAUAGAUGUUGGAUUGACACCUCGCCCUGUGCGACCGUACAGUUAAUUAAUAGAAUAGUUUCCACGAAUUUAGAUUAAAUUAAGUAUUUCACGGGCCGGUUGUUUCUAGACUCGAAUCUUUACGUUUCAGCCUGUAUACAAUAUCGCCUUUGCCAUUUAGUUUUGAUUCAAUGUUAAGUGAUACGGAAAGUAUAUUUCACAUAAAGUCACCUCUAUAGACAAGGAUAUUUUGGCACGUGGCCGUAAUCCGAACUAACGAAGCAUCUAAGAGCGCUAUUACAUCUCUCAAACACACACCGACAAAAUUGGUGCCGACGAAAAAACAACCAGAUAAAUCGACUUUAUUAUUACUGCACUAUGAUCUUAAUUUGAAUGAAUUACAUUCUGUUUGCCAAAAAACCAUAGUGUGCGGUCUAUCUUUUGACAAACAACGAUCGCAUAGUAAUAAUAAGGUUGAUUUUUCGUUAAAUCGUAAGUCAUGAUCUACGAAUGAUUGAUUGUAAUAUCGCUCUAAUGAAAAAUUUAUAUAAAUGGAGAAUGUAUGGAGAUGGUGCUCACUAGCGCCCCCUCCUGUCAAUAUCAUCCAAGUGCCACAAGAUUAUAGAAUAAAUAACAAUACUAUGUAUAGAACAAUAACUUUUCGCCCUGCACCAAUUGGGUGCCGACCUCACCUCACCCCCUCUGGGUCUUACUUUAGUCUUAAAUGACCGGUAAAGAGUAAAGUGGAGAGCGCACGGACUAUCUAUCUCGCUCGCACUUCUGCGUUAGACAGCAGCACACAGUAAGAAUGAGAUUUGUGUAUGGAGUGUGUGACAAGAACCUUGUCGGCCUAUAAUCGCGCGUUAUGUGUAGAAAAUAAUGCACCAUCUGCAUUGUGCUAAAGGGGUGGACAGAAUCACAAGUAAUUCAGAAGACAACCUCUGUUGAUUCGAGCUCCUAAGAUGGAUAUUAUAGUACAGUUAAUGGCCCCGAUUCCUACAGACUCCCCUAAUUUAAUUUUAAGUUAUAUCUUUUUUAACCGCCGUAAAGAAAAGAGACGGGCAAUCGAUAGACGUAAAAUUUAUGGAACACACGUCAAUUUUAGGCAGAAAUUAAAAACCCCACCCAAAAUUUUAUAUUGGCCAAUAACCCCUCAGAAUUAAGUUGACAGCACAUGUCAAACAGGUUGAAUAGCGGGAUGCCUAUUUUAUUCGCCCGGGUUAUUCAUUUUACAUUUAACAGUUGUCAAUCAUGCGUCCCUUUCCUUUUCGGUAGAUAAGAAUAUGACGGGUAUAACUUAAAAUAAAAUUAGGAGGUGUUUACAGGAGUCGGGGCCAUUAUCAUUGUAAUCCGCCAUAACUAUUAUUUUAGACUGAACAUGAAAAUCUCAAUCUAGAAACAUUUCCGUGACGUAACCAUAGAUAGGCGAUUUUAGACAAAUUUAAUUAUUGUGCUGUAUUUAUGCAAUUAUGUUUUGCAACAAAUAUACUUAUAUAAGUAUUUGUUAUGUCCAUCGGUUUUUGUGAAUUUUGGUGCUGUUUAUGUCUUGUAUUAUUUUAUUUACUUCGCAUACUAUUUUACAUCUCAUAGGACUAAAAACGUAGAAUAAAGAAUUAUAAUACGUAUAGAUCGGUAAGUCUUCGCCCCGCACCAUGUCUUACCGGACGCCUUACCUCACCCCCUCUGGGACUCUAAGGAGUAAGAUGGAGAGCGCGGACUGCUUGUUUCGCUCGCGCACGCGAUUACUCUAGCCAUAGAGGCGGCCAAACAGCUCACGACACUAAACACUUCAGAACCCCGAUACCGACCCCGUCGGCGUAGUCGACGAUUUCCCUUAACGCGCUUAACGCUAUCGACCCACUAGGGUCGAUUCAUUCUUUCAAAUAUUCUUCCUCUCAGACAACGUCCUGAGCCGAGGUUCGCGCCCAACUGGGCACCCUUAGGCCUGUCUUUAAUUUUGUACCGGGUGAGAGCCCUCAGCGGUCCCCAUUUGUGCGGCCAAGUAGUUAAUUCCAUCUACGGCAAAUGUACAAAAAGAAUGAUUCGCUGGCACUUACAUCUUAAGUGGCAAACGGUAACUAUGAGAUUUUUGUAUAGAGUGACCGGGGCUAGAGGGUGUAGGUACGCUAAAACUCGCCAAGGAGCAAGUUACACUGGGCGAUUGAACAGUUUGUAGAAUUUACCAGUAUAAGUUGGUCUAUCCCGCGACGGAUAGGCGCGAGUUUUAAGGUACAAUCAUAAACUAUCAUUUCGAUACUAUAAUGCAACUUUACUUUUAGUGCAUUUAGUAACUUUUAUUCUUUUCAACAGUUUUACUCAAAACUAUAUUUCUCUUCUAGUUAUACUUACUUCAGGCUGUCAUUGGUACGUAAAUGAUAUUUAUAUUAUUCCUAAUUCAUUAUUCAGUAGCUUUUUAUCGUGGAAUAAUAAUUGCUGAAUAUAUUUGUUUAUGGUCCUAUGACAUGUAUUAUAAUAAUGUGAAGUGGACACGCGGCUGCGCGUGAGUUGUAAAUUUUGCAUUUUUCCUGACAUAUCUGUGUUUGUAAAUACGGUUCAAGAUCUUAUCGGUGUUACGAAUACGACGUGUACUAAUGUAAAUCAUCGGCAACUCAAUUAAAUGAAAUGCUCUUUUAA